CGGCCGCCCCUUACGUGGUGAUGUCACCGCGUCACGCUCGCCUCAGCCGCCAAACGUCGUUCCCCGUUUCUUUUCCGUAGUAACCAGGUUGUGGGAGGGGGGCCUAAAAAAGAAAAGCGGGGGGGAAGCAACCUAAAAAGUGUCUAAAGUGAAGGCGGUAGUGCGCUGAUGUUCGUAUAGCGGCCUCUUCUUCUGUGUGCGGGGUGCUUUACGGAGAAGGAGAAUCCAGGCCCUCGGGCGGCUCACGAGCUGAAAGGCAUCGACUGGAGAGAAAACAACAGAGGGAAGGGGAGCGCAGGGGUGAACUGAUGACAUUUUAAAUUUGAAGAAGAAUGAGUAAAAGGAGUGUGCCAUGCUUAAACAUGAACUGGAACAAAGGUGGCCCUGGCACCAAGAGGGGUUUUGGUUUUGGUGGCUUCGCGAUACAACCUGGAAAGAAGGAAGAGCCUAAACUCCCUCAACAAUCCCAUAGUGCUUUCGGAGCCCCUGGUUCUUCAGCUGGGUUUGGGAAGACACCGCCACCUCAGCUGCCUUCUUUUUACAAGAUUGGAUCAAAACGAGCAAAUUUUGAUGAGGAGAAUGCGUAUUUUGAGGAUGAGGAGGAAGAUUCCAGUAAUGUUGACUUACCAUACAUUCCUGCUGAGAACUCUCCCACUCGGCAACAAUUCCAUUCCAAACCAGCUGAUUCGGACAGUGAAGAUGACCCCUUGGAGGCGUUCAUGGCAGAAGUGGAGGAUCAAGCUGCAAGGGACAUGAAGAGAUUGGAAGAUAAAGACAAGGAGAGAAAGAAUACAAAGGGUAUACGCGAUGAUAUUGAAGAGGAAGAUGACCAAGAGGCUUAUUUCCGUUAUAUGGCAGAAAACCCCAAUGCUGGUGUGGUUCAAGAAGAGGAGGAGGAUAACCUGGAGUAUGAUAGUGAUGGCAAUCCGAUUGCACCAUCCAAAAAAAUCAUUGACCCCCUUCCUCCUAUCGAUCAUUCAGAGAUUGAAUACCCACCAUUUGAGAAGAACUUCUAUGACGAGCACGAAGAAAUCACCAGCCUCACUCCACAGCAAGUGGUGGAGCUACGCCAUAAGCUAAACCUCCGAGUCUCUGGAGCUGCUCCUCCAAGGCCAGGAAGCAGUUUUGCUCACUUUGGUUUUGAUGAGCAGCUCAUGCAUCAGAUCAGGAAAUCGGAGUAUACUCAACCCACUCCUAUCCAGUGCCAGGGUGUUCCAGUGGCACUGAGCGGCAGAGACAUGAUUGGUAUAGCAAAAACUGGCAGUGGGAAAACUGCAGCCUUCAUUUGGCCAAUGUUGAUUCAUAUCAUGGAUCAGAAGGAACUGGAACCAGGAGAUGGUCCUAUUGCAGUAAUUGUGUGUCCAACCAGAGAGCUGUGCCAGCAGAUCCAUGCUGAGUGCAAGCGCUUUGGGAAGGCCUAUAACCUGCGCUCUGUGGCCGUGUAUGGUGGAGGAAGCAUGUGGGAGCAGGCCAAAGCUCUACAGGAAGGCGCAGAAAUUGUUGUCUGCACUCCAGGCCGCUUGAUUGAUCACGUGAAGAAGAAAGCUACCAACCUCCAGAGGGUCACCUACCUUGUGUUUGAUGAAGCUGACAGAAUGUUUGACAUGGGUUUUGAAUACCAGGUCCGAUCAGUCGCCAGCCACGUGCGCCCUGAAAGGCAGACUCUCCUGUUCAGCGCAACGUUUCGGAAGAAGAUUGAGAAACUGGCCAGAGACAUUCUGAUUGACCCAAUUCGAGUGGUGCAGGGAGACAUUGGAGAGGCAAACGAGGAUAUCACUCAGAUUGUGGAGAUCUUCUCCUCUGGCCCCAACAAGUGGAACUGGCUGACCAGCCGCCUAGUGGAAUUCACUUCUUCGGGGAGUGUCCUUCUCUUCGUCACCAAGAAGGCAAAUGCAGAUGAACUGGCCAAUAACCUCAAGCAAGAGGGGCACAGCCUGGGUUUGCUGCAUGGCGAUAUGGACCAGAGUGAAAGAAACAAAGUCAUCUCAGAUUUCAAGAAGGGGACCUUCCCAGUUCUAGUAGCUACUGAUGUGGCAGCUCGUGGUCUGGAUAUUCCUUCUAUUAAGACUGUGAUCAAUUAUGACGUGGCUCGCGACAUUGACACCCACACCCACCGAAUUGGUCGUACUGGCAGAGCAGGCGAGAAGGGUGUGGCCUAUACAUUGCUGACUCCCAAGGAUAGCAACUUUGCUGGAGAUCUUGUUCGGAAUUUGGAAGGGGCUAAUCAGCAUGUUACCAAAGAACUCUUGGACUUAGCCAUGCAGAAUGCUUGGUUCCGGAAAUCACGUUUCAAAGGUGGGAAAGGCAAGAAGCUAAACAUUGGUGGCGGUGGCCUGGGGUACCGUGAGCGCCCUGGCCUAGGUUCAGAAAGUGCGGAUCGUGGGAGUAACAGUGUCAUGAGCAAUUAUGAAGCGUAUAAACCAUCCACGGGAGCAAUGGGAGACAGGUUGUCUGCAAUGAAGGCAGCAUUCCAGUCCCAGUACAAAAGUCACUUCGUUGCAGCCAGCUUUAGCAACCAGAAGACUGGCAGCUCUUCAGCAGGUGCCAGUGGGUGGACCAGUGCUGGCAGCUUGAACUCGGUGCCAACAAGUUCAGCACAGCAGAACUUGACAAAAACAGACAGCCCCAUGGGCUCAGCAUGUACAGCCAAGGGUAUCCCAGGCUUCACAAGUGCUGGAACCUUGAACAGCAUCCCCACCUUCCCAAGCCCUGGAAUUCCAGGAUACAACAGUGUGAAUGCCAACAACAACAGCAGAGAAGGCAGCAGCGCAGGCAGAGAAAAGUACAGUGAGAACCGGGGCAGCAGUCGCCACAGCGACGGCCAGCGCCAUGGAGAUGGCAGCAGUCGCCACGGUGAUGGUCAGCGCCAUGGGGAAAGCUAUCGCCAUGGAGAGAACCGCCAUGGGGACAGCCAUCGUCAUGGUGAAAGCCGACAUUCUGGUGGUGGUGGUGGAGGAGGAGGAGGUGUUGGUGUUGGUGUUGGUGUUGGUGUUGGUGGUGGAAGCAGCAGCAGCCGCCAUGGAGACAGCCGGAAUAAUGGGGACGGUCGGAACAGCAGUGAAAGCAGAAAUAGCGAGAACAGGAACAACGAGAGUAGGAAAGAUGGCAACAGCAGGGACAACAGCAAGGCAGAUGGUUUUGCUGUGCCUGAGCCGCCAAAGCGCAAGAAGAGUCGGUGGGAUAGCUAAGAGCCUGGGCUCUCCACCGAGUGGCAAGGGGUGCGUGUCUCUCUGUCUGUAUCUCUCAGAAGAGGGCCUCUCUACUACUAAGUGGCAACUGAGAAGGAUAAGCGUGGGCAGCAGUGAUCCCCAACCAAGCCUUGGCUGGCACAUCUGCAGACAGCUUCACUUCAGUGGCACGUCGAUGUUGUGCUUUGGUCAAAAGGAAAGCGUUCCCUUUCAUGGAAUUUCUCUCUGUCUGCCUUUAAAGAAAAAAAAGAAAAAAUCCGUCCACCUGAGGGAUUGCAAAAGGCCAAUCCGCAUUAGCAAGAACAAAAUGUUUUGUGUGUGUGUGUGUUUGGUUUGGGCUUUUCUUUCUUUAAUGAAUGUGUCCAGAAAGAGUUUUGAACUGGGUGGGUAGGUUUUUCCCCCAAAUCAUUGUGGACAUAAGUACACUAGAGCCCCUGUGCUUCAAAUCGGUGACUUGCCUGCCAUAUCAGACCUGUCAAGCCUCUGUCCCCAUCACCAUUGCACCCCUUUCUCUGCUGGUCCGAUGCCCAUUCAGAUGGUUUUAGAAAAUGGUAGUUUAGCACUGUGGCCUCGGGUGGAAGGGAAAGGGCAAGCUACAUCCAAGUUAGCCCAUAUAUACAGAAUCUUAGUCCUUGCAUGGAAAGCACAGUGUUUUGUUGUGGCUUUUGCCCAUUCUUCAGAUAAUCUCCUUACCCUUUUCACCUGAGGCAUCAAUGCUGAGCAGCUUAAAUCCUCAUUUUUAGAUUUGUGAGCAGGUGCUCAGGCUUGAUUCCUUUUAUGUCAGUAGUCUACAGCUAAAGCAGGGACACUGAGCAAAAGUCCAAGUUGUCCCCCCCAUCCCGAUCCCCUCUACUCAUGUGAUACUGUUAGCAUGCUAGUAGGUAACAGGGACAGCUCAAGAUUCUAUUCCUGGUGGCAAGAAACAAAUAAGCAGCACAGCCUGCAAAACUCAAGUCACUUUCCCUCCAUAUUUUAGCUUGCUAUGAGGAGUCAGUAGAACAACAUAGGCGAGUAGUGACAUGUGCAGAUUUGCAGGGAUGGAAUGGUCACCUUACCCAUGCCAGCCUAAACUUUACAUACCUUGCCGUCUUCUGGGUGGUUCCUUGUGGGAACAAAGACCUGGAGUGCAGCAGGAAAACUGCCCUGUAAAGACUAAUGGAAUCUGUUUGCUUCUAGUUAAGUUUCUGCAUCUCCACAAAGUAUCCGCUUUCUACUCACAUUGGUCCUUGAAUGUGUGCAUAGCCGGUAGGAGCUUCAUUAAGCUGAAGUGGAUUGAAAAGACAGACUGUGCUGCCCAUGGAGAGAGCCUGUUCAGAAGGUUCCCUAGGAAGCCAGUGAGAUGCAAAUUGAUUCUUACAACAGCUUCCAUUUGGAUGGGAUUGUGUGUAGAUUGCUUUGUGAAUGUUCCAGCAGUUUCCCCCCACCCCACCCCAAAGGCAAAAACAGACUUGGGGAGUGAGAGACGCUUCAGAUUACAGUAUCAAGUAAUUGUGAUUUGGGGGCUAACCCAGGAAGGUUUCAAACAUUGUAAAUUUGGGACUGGCUGCUGAAGAAGCAUCUGUGCAUACUUGCUAAAGUGGAUCCCAUGAGAAACAGAAUGUGCUGUUCUUUCCAAAAUGGCUUUUGCUUCCAUCUGGAAAGAAGUAGCAAAUGUAAAAAUAUCUUACUGUCUGUGUGUGGAUUUUCUUUUAUUUUUAACAGUGUGUUCUUGGGCUUUUUAAUCUGAUUCCUUUUUUUUUUUUUUUUUGCCAGAGUGGUAGGGAAAUCUUGUUUGCUGAAAAUAGUUCUGUUCUUGCUUCUCAUUUAUAUGAAGAAAUAUUUGAAUCCAUGUCAGGAUCCUGUGACAUGCUGUUCCCUUUACUUUCCGCUUGCUCUUCUAGUAAAUGUUUUAUUAAUAGAACAA